AUGCCACCAAAACGCAGAGGUAGAGGCCGUGGCGGCGGAGCCAAUGGACCAGCUGCCAAGAAAGCACGAGGAGGAAGAGUUUCGACUCGUUCAACAAGAAGGGUUUUUUUUCAGUAUUUACUCUUUGUUUUCGAAAAACACCCUUUAGAGUAAAGCCGAAUCUUCUUCUGAAGACGAACAACCCAUGUCUGACCCAGAAGAACUGGGGUUCGACAAAAACGCUCUUCAAUCGGUCAAAUAUGACUACAAUGAGCUCAUGAAUGGUCUUGUUUUAAUCAAGAUAUUGAUUUUACAUGAAGUUUCAGAUCCUGCCUACAAUCAUCCCGAGCUCAUACAUUCCAUCGAUCAUUCGGGUAGGUAUUAUUCUAUUAUUAUUUUUCUAAAAUGUAAUAAUUUAGUAUUUUUUCAAUAUCCUCGCUCGAAUUUUCGAGGGUACAUAAGUUUUGCGUGACUGCAAAUGACUGUGAAACGUUUUCUUGCAUUCAAAACUUUUUUUUUAUUAGUCAGCGCUUCUUCUAACAUCCCAGAAAGAAUCGUUAACAUGCCUAAAUGACAUUUUUCAUACAUAAAAGUUUUUUUUACUGUAUUUUUUUCAGAACUGAACGAAGAUUACUACGAAAGAACGGGUUUACAGGAUCCAUUGCUGUUCCAUUGUGAUCCUAAGUUACUCGGGAUGAAGUAAAAAGAAAUAUAGUUUCCAACUAAAAAGAGAAAAAAAUCUGUAGAGUCCCCGAUGCGAACACGUUCACAGUAGAUUCCGUUUUGGACUUGGUCGGCGGAAAUCGAAUGAUUGAAGUCGUCGAGGUUUUUUCAUUAUGAUUAGUCUAGAGAAUCCUCUUUUCUAUAGGUGAGCAACCAAGGUAGUGUCAAGAUGUCGCUGAAGGAGUUCGUCGACUUUUAUAAGUGAGAUUUUCUUUCCGUUCUAUCGAAAAGUGGAUCUUUUGCAGUAGCCCGCCGGAGAAACGAGCGCCUCUCUACAACGUCCUUUCUCUGGAGUUUUCUAAUACUCCGUUGCAUGUUCGUUUAUUCCCCUUUUUUAAUAUAAUUUAAUAAGUUCAGGACCACGUUAUGAUGCCAGAAAUCGUGAGGAAGAUAGAUUGGGUACAGAACAAUUGGCCGGACGAACUCAAGCAGAGAUUCAUCACGUUUGCCAGGAAUCACAAACACUACACGCCGCAUAAUGCGUAUCCCCAAGUCCAAAAGUGAGUCCAAUUCUAUAGUCUUUUCAUUUAUUUAUUCCUUAUCCUUUGGUUUUUUUCAAAUUAAUCUAAGAGAGUUUGAAAAAAUAUAUAAUGAAUUUUCAACGUACUUCUGAUCUGUACAAUUAAGUAAUACAGGUCUGAAAGAGAAUUUUUCAAUUUUUUUCAACUUUUUUUGUUAAAUUUUUUUAAAUAAACAUGAUGCGAAAGAAUUCGAAAAGCGUGAUGAAAAAUAAUAUUCAUAGUUUUUUUUAAAAAUUGCUUUUAUCGAUAUUUUUUUGCCUUUGAUCGAACGUUCUACUCAUUUUUGAAAAAAUAUUAUUUCAUUUUUCUUCUGUUAAAUUCGAUUCCUCUCAUCACGAAGUUUCGCCUCAGCUGGUCUUUCUCAGAACGGUGUAUCGGUUUAACUUCCUGUAACCUUGUUUUUAUCUUUCUGCUAUUUUUAUUGUCAAUAUUGGAAGAAAAUUGAGAAAGAGUUUUUUUUUUUGUUUUUCAAACGUUUUGGGGGCCUUCCAUUUUCGAUAAUAAGGAUCUUGAUAAGUUUCAAUUUCAUUCGGAAAUCUUCCAUGUACUUUUAGAAGACCGUACCUCGCUUUUUUUGAAUUUUUGUUUUCAAUUUCUAACUUGCCUUUCAUCGAACCUUUUCAAUUUUUGGGCCAAAAAAGGUCAGUAGAGUUGCCCUUUUUUCAAGUUUUGAAAUUUUUAGCUACUGCCUGAUGAGUGUAGCUGGCUGUUACACGGACUUCCAUAUCGACUUUAGUGGAACUUCGGUGUGGUACCAUGUCCUAAAAGGGCAAAAGGUGAAUCGUCAUCUCUAUAUUCACGGAAAAUUCUCGUUCCAGGUUUUUUGGCUGAUCCCGCCAACUGCCACGAACUUCCUCCUCUACCAGGAACAUGCUAAGAACACAGAAGACCGAAGUUUCUUCGGCAAAAGUGUCGAGACUUGUGGGAUGGUUAUUCUGAAGCCUGGUGAUACGAUGCUCAUACCAAGCGGUGCGCUUUGAAGUUUUUUUUGUGGUGGUUAGCUUUGUAAUUGCACUGGAUUGGUCACUUGUGACUCGUAAGAAUACAUUCAAACCGAAUUAAAUCGUUAAUUUAAAUAUCAAACCACAUCUUGCAGCUCGAAAAUGCCUUUUUUCGAACUGAUUAUUCUAUUUUAUGAAUUAUUAAGCAUUCUAUCUAAGUCUUAUUUCCAACAUAGUUACUCGAAGAUAAAUUUGAAAAAAAGCUCAUUUGAGUACUGAGAAACCUAUUUGUGAUUUUUUUAGAAUAUUAAUUUUAUAUUGCUAACUUUUUCACCAAGCUAAAUCAUUUCAACUGUUGUUUUUUUCUGUUUUUUUCUUUUUUUCUCACUAUUUUUUUAAUAUUUUUGAGGGUUUCUCGUUGGAUGAGAAUGUGUUUAUUUAAUCUAGUUUUGUUCUUUUCGGAAACCGCUAUCAAAAAAAUCUAAACUUUUUUUGUUAGAUAGUCAAGUUUCCUUGAUUUUUAAAAAAAUUUUGUUCUUAUGUCUCAGAAAUUUGACUUACAAAAAAAGUAAAAUGGUAAAAUAGUGAAAAAUAUACCAAAAAGCGUAGAAAAGUUUUGAAAAUUAGUUAUUUCUACUAUAACAAAAUAUUUUUUUUUGAGAAAGCUUCAACCCUCAUUAGGGAUUGUGAAAAUCCAUUUUCGGUUUUUCCCGUCGAAUUUGACGCUUUUUAAUAUUUUUAAUAACUAUUUUUCAUCUUUUUUUAUCCAGCCGAGAAACACAUUGAAAAGUCAGAAAAAAGAGUUAUUAUUGGAAAUAUUUCUUAGUUUACUCAAAAAAAUAUAGGACAUAGUUUCUGGGAAAAAACUCUAGAAUGAAAACAUAUUUAUGGCUGUUGAUUUAGGCUGGAUACACGCAGUCUAUACGCCAGUGGAUAGCCUCGUUUUUGGCGGCAAUUUUCUGCAUUCUUUGUCUUGCAAAAUGCAGAUCAAGGUCUAUCAGUGUGAAAAUCGACUCAAUGUGAGUAAUUAUUUUCCUCUUGUGUCGUUGAUUCGAUCCUUCAUUUUCAGAUAACCAGAAAAUUCCGACUUCCGUACAACGAAGAGCUCAUUUUCUAUGUGAUAGCCAACUAUGUGAAGAAGUGGACGGGAAGAGAAUAUGCCCGACCUUUGCGGAUAGAAGAUGCCAAGUUGGAGUUUUCGAGUUUUUUUUACUUUUUUAUUUGUUCCAGACGUGACUACAUAGGCAAAAAGUGGUUUGAGGCCGGUGGACAUCAUAAAGAGGUAUUAUUUUGCAGUUUCUGUUCACCUAUGAAACGGAGUGCUUUGCUUGAGAAUAGCGAGUUUUUUUAAAGAGUUUUUUCAAAAGAAUCAAAGCCGGAAAUUUGGAAAAUUCAGUUUGAAACACGAAGGUUUUAUGGAAAUUAUUUGCUAUUUAACAUUGUGCUUCAUUUUCAUGAAAUGAAGCUCAACUUUUUUGGUAAAAUCAUUAUCUUUAAAAACCUUUCAUUCUUCUUUCAUCUUCAUUCCUUGGUAAUUGGAAAGUUUCAAAAAUUGAUACUUCUGUGAAUUUUUCAAAUUUAUUUUUUUAUUCAUUUGGUUCUAAUUCUUAAUUCAACAAAGAGAGAAACAAAACGGGGAACAUGGGAAAAAAUGUUGGACUUGAAUUUUCUUGACUUGAAUGGAGUUAUGAGGGUUUUGAUGACAUUGUUUUGUAAAUGAAUUUCGGCAUAGUUGAAAUACAAAAAUAGUAAUAUUAUAAACAGUUUUUAUAAUUUCCUUCUUUUUGCAAUAAUGAGCAUGAAUGGUCUUUGAAAAAGUUUAUUCAGGCAACAUUUUUGACUUCAAAAUUUAUUUAACCGUCUUAAUAUAUCUUGGCGAAAUGUUUUUGGUUCAAUUUUUUUGAAACCAUUACCAAAACGGGAAUUUCAGUCUACAAGGUCUCAGAGAAAAAUUUACUAUGUUUUACCUCUUCUUUUUUAUUAGUUAUAUAAUCUCUUCUCAUUUCUCUAUCUUCUUUAUUUUCCUUACCACUUCAGAUCAACUUUGCCGAUUUCGGACAUCAAUUAACGACGGAAGAGUUGCAAGAGGCGGAGGCCGGAGCGCCGACAACUGGUCAGUUUUGGUGUGAAUGGAUCUCACUUGCACCGUGGCUCCUUCGGUAGGGGACUGGCGUUUGGAAAUGACAUCGUGGGUUCGAUGCCCGCCAAAGUUUGCGCGUGAUGAGAAAAUCAUCCUUGCUCUGCGAGUCGUCCGACGAAUCCCCGGCACGGCGGAUGUUCUUCUGAAGACGGUCGUUGUCUGAAUGACGUCAUCCGUCAGAUCGGGGAGAUAUGUCGUGGCGACGGUGAACAGCGUUGGCCUCUGAUGCAAACUUUUUCUCAUUUCUUUCUGAAUCCAUCAAAAAAUCGUCUUAAAAGGAUUUUAUAUGGUUUUUAUGAUCAAAAACACAUAUUCUAUUUUUUUGUGAAAGCGAUGCCAGUUUUUUUCUUCUGCUCGAUUUUAACUAAAGUUAGAAAAAAACCGACUUGUUAAAAACAGCUUAAAAAAAAGUAAGUGUUAUAGGAGAAUUUUUUUUUCUUUUCAGUAUGUUUCUCAAGGUUUUUUUUCUCAUCAUUUUUACUUUUAUAUAUUUUACAAUUUGGCCCCAAUUUUCUGGUGAUGUUUUUUCAUAUUCUAAGAAGAAGAAGCCCUAAUUUAUCUUUUCUCAUAGCAGUUUGCUGGCGCAUUCAAAUCAAAAUAUAACUUCAGAAGAAGGAAGUUUGAACGUGAUAGCGAUGCACGACGCCAACUCGCAGUAUGCCAAGCAGGUCGGAAACGGAUCGUCGCCUCGAGUCAGUCUUACAAACGAAGAAGUCGACAAGCUCGUCAGCAGCAAUCCGCUCAUCUUCUACAAGAAUGCCGUUAGUUUUAUUUUAGUAGAUUUUCUGCUUUUAAGGAGAUUUUCAAUAUCCGAGAUUUUUUUCUUUACUUUUCUAUAUUUCCCCAAGAGAAGGGAAGUAAUGUGGUCUCUAAAGGUGAAUCUUCAAGGGCCCCUGAGGUUUUCCCUAUAGGAAACACUGGAGCUCCUAAGUACGCAUUGUUUUCGUUUUUCUAUGACCUCUUCUAUAAGUGAAAAGAGAAGCAGGAAGAUCUGACUGUUUCAAAGGCUAUUUUGAAAAAAAAAAAGAUUCAGGGUCACGACUUUUGUUCCAACAAGUCUGUGCAAGAUCACAAACUGCCCGUAAACGCUGAACCACCGAUCAUUUUCAAUGAAGGUUUUGAAAAAGCCUUUCAUGACCGAAUAUUUCAAUUAUAGAAGAAAUUAGAAAAAUCUCUCCGUUCAAGCUGGACGAACUGGACGCCUUGUGUACUUAUCUGCGGAAAAAGCAAAAAGUUUGUUGAAAAAUUCCUAUAUUUUUUGUAAGUUUCACAAUUUAAGGUUGAAAUUGCCGAAGGGAUUUGUCAGCCUGCCUCAUUACUGAAGUGCUUUGCGGAAGUUUUGAAGCAUAGGAGAGCGCAAUUGCCCAAGGUUCAUUUUUUUCGUCGGACUCAGCAGAGUUAUUUGAUUCCGGAGGCUAUUUCAAUUAAAAUUCGUCACUAUCAUUUUUUUAAUGUUUUAGUUUAAGCAUUCAAGUCUGGCUCGAGUAUUCAAUUUCUAAUAUCAUAUCUCGGAACCUUGAGAGUAAAUUUCGAAUGAUGCAAAGUUACUUGCAACUGCGAAAAAGUUGAAAACAUUGGAGAAUCAAAACUUUUUCUACUUUUUUUGAAAAAAAUUGAUUAUAAAAUUGUUUAUUUAAAAAAAGAAAAAAAGUUUUUCAAACGGAAGAUUGUUUUUUUCUCUUUUCUUUACUAUGCUUUUAUGGUGUAUAUCUGAGGAAUCUAACUUUCGAGCUCCAGCUCAUAAGGAAAGUGAACAUUUCCAUGCGAGGGACAAGUUCGUUUCUCGAAAUUGUUCGAUUUUUCGUUUUUUCCGUUGAUUUUUUCAUUUUCCAAUCUGAAUUUCGAAAUGCAGGAAGAGCACUCGCCGUCGCCUGCAACGACCAGAUCUGGAAGGAAAAGGAAAUCUGCUCCGGUGAGUCAUUUUUCGCGUCGAUUUCAUCAUUCUUCGUCUUGUUGUUGAGUCAUUUCCAAUGAGAUCUUUUUCAGGCCCCUAAAUCAACGAACGAAGCAAAAAAACGCGGCAUGUUGGCGACGCGAAUCUCGAAGAAGAGGUUCGUUUCGAGUUGAUAUUUUCUUUUAUUAAAUGAGAUUUUUUUGUAGGUGACGGAAAACGAAGAAGAUGAUGAGAAAGCCUCAGUCAAGCCGGAGGCGCCAGUUAAGGUAACUUCUAACUUUAAAAAAAAUAAUUUUUUUGAUCAGCAAAUACUUCAAGAUCCUCAAAUGAAAAAAAUUUCGACAAUUCAUAAACUCAGUUCUGAACUGAAAUGAAGUUUUUCAAAGUCCAAAAAAAGUUUUUGAAAAAAAUAAAUUUCCAAGUUUUUUUAGCACUUUUUUAUCAAUUUUUUGGAAUUCAAAUUAAACUUAGUAUCUUGGUUCUCUUGCUCAUUUAGAAAGAAAAAAAGCAUUCAAUCACUCUGAAAAAAUCCCUGAAUUUUUGGAAUAAAUAUAGUUUUCUUCUCCAUUGUAUAAAUUAACACGUAUUGAAAUCCAUCAACGUCGUUUUUCUCACUCCGAAUUUGUUUUCUCACGUGCAUCAGUUUCCCAUUAUUUCUCCUGCCUUCUCUCUGCUUUUCUGUAUCUUUUAUCACAAUUUUUUUUUCUUCAUUGAUCUGGAAACGUUUCUUGCGAUUCUCAUUUCUGCAACUUUCGUCUUCGAAAGAAAGUUUCUUGUUUUCUCAUAACCUCUCUUCAUUAUUCAAGUGUAAUUUGCGAGAGUCAAACAAUUGAAAUUUUUAUAUUAUCCCUCAUCUUUUACAAAAAUUUUUUUGAUUUUUUUAGUCAUUAUUUCAAAAAAAGUUUGUGACGUUCCCUUUCAUUUUUUCAUUUUCAUUUUUUUUUCAUCAGGAAGAACACGUCGAGGCGGCGGAGAAAAUGGAAAGACGGGUGAAAAAUGAGGAUGAAUUGACGAGUCUCCACGUCGACCACAAAACGGGAUCUUCGCAAUUUAUCGUUGACGAUCUGCCGGAAAAUAUUCUCGAAGACGAGGAAAAGCCCACAAUUGGGGAGAAUUAUUCGGCUCUCGAAGAGGAAUACGAAGAAGAUGACGACGACGGCGAUGAGUACGUGCCGACGGCUCCUGUCAGGCACGCCUUCUUUCUGUUUUCAGGGGAAAAUUAAACCUCCUAACGAUUACACAGGCCCUCCUAGAGCUCAAAUCUUUUGAAAGAUUAACUGAAUUUUUUUUCGAAACGGCUGGCUAGCCACUGAGUCCAUUUCAAUAAUUUCAAUAACCAAAAAAUAUGAUUUCAAAAUCGGUAUUUUUUGUAGCAAACUUGAUGAACUUUCAGAAAAAGAAGCGAUAGACUUUAGAGUCAAUUUUUUUACGUUGUAGGAUGCCUCUGCCUCCACAUGAAUCUUCUGGCGCUCUUGUUAGGAAGCCGGUCAUUCCGGAGCUUCCUCCCGAGUUGGAGCUGAAGAAGUUGGACCCGAACAUGGAUAGGGUCUGUUUUGCAAAUAUAUAUAAUAUUUGACGUUUUUUGUUUAUGAUUCUGCGUGUUUUUAUAAGAUUUCCCUGAGCGCCCAACGAGAUCUUUUUGUCCUUAUUUCCUCGACCAAUAAAUGAAGUUUUAGAUCAAAAAACGUAUCAGCCGAUCUUCACAAGAACUUUCGCCGGCAAAUAACAAAGAAUCGAAACACAAGGACGACGAAGACGGCAAGAAGAGGCGCGAUGAGAAGCUCUCGGCGAAGGAGCGGAAAAAGAAGGAGGCCGACCGGAAAAGGUCCGACACUCAUUUGGACGACGCUCUGAAUGGUGAGUCACCAGAUUAGUCAUUGAAGUUUUUCCAAGCAACAUCAAAAAAUGAAAAUAUUUUGGGAGUUUGAGGGAGCCUUCCAAAAAGGAAACUUUUUGAUAGAGAAGUGCGGAAAUUAGAUUUUUUUUUUUUCAAAAAAGUUCACGUCGAAUUUGGUUUCCGACUCGAAAUUAUGGAAAAGUGGUGUAAAGUUCUACUCGUACUUUGAAGUUUAAAUAGACUAUUUUUUUAAAUUAAAUGAAUUCAAGCAAUUAAAUUUUUUUGCGUGCAAAGUCGCCUCCAGAGUAUUUGCUUUCGCGAAAGUAAUUGAAAUUUCGAUUUUUUAAGAACUUUUUUAGCUUACUAAUUCUCUCAUUCAGCACAAGUUUUGAAUAUUGCGAAUUUCGAGCUAUCAUUAGAGUUAUCAAAUUCGAACUGUUAAUAAAAAUGGUCUGCAAGAUUAUAUUCAGCUGCACAUGGGAACUACGCGCCGCGGCAAAAGAAGAAGAAACCCGAGAAGCCGGCCUUCGCCGGAGGAAUCCCCACUGCGCCGAUUCAACACGAGCCGGUCGUCGAAAAUCCUUACAACUUUGACCCGAUGUCGGAGAUCAUGAAGCUCGGACAGGGGCAGCUCAAAAGUGCCUACCGGAAGACGAAGACCGUCAGUUUUGAUGGAAAUACUCUCUGCAAAACUACAGUGUUCAGAACAUCGAGUUGAAGAAGGAUAAGAAUUUGUACAGACUCGAACCGAAGCGACAUCCGUCUACAGAGAAUCCGUCGACGUCGGCUGCAGGUGCGGGAGAGUAGAAUCGACAGCUCAAAUUGUUUUGAAAGAUAUUAUUUUCUUCGCGACUCUGUUUCAAAGAAACUUCUUAAAUUUUUUUGUUUUCAGUUUUUUUUUAGUCAGAAAUGCAAACAGUUUUCACCUUUUUAUUCGAAAUGAAGACUCUCGAAAAACUACUAGAGAAUUUCAUUCACUUUUCAAUUUAGCUUUUAUUGAAAAUUUGCUUGAAACUUUUUGGAGUUUCAGAUUUUGAUUCCUGCCACCUAUGCAAGCUUUCAUAAUGGUUGGGAAAAAAUUCUUAAAAUUCAUGUUGAGCCCAAAAAAAAACUCAUUUCUUCAAAUCUGAGAUUUUUCGUGAGUAGCGAGAAAAAACAAAUCAAAAAUUGAACAACCACCUCCUUCGUAAGCAUUCAGAAGGAUAAUUGAUAAGUCUCGACCUUCAGACAAUGAAGAAGUCGCGAACCACUCGCCUGGUCAAAAUGCGCAGCAACAAAUACAAGAGCAUCCCUUCAACGUGCAGCCUCGAAUUGAGCGUCGAAACUCCAUUCAUUCGACUGCCAAACCGCCCUUGGCCAGCCAUUCCAACACUGAAUCUCCCGCGACUCCUACUGGCAGUGGAACCCGACCGAUUUCCGUGGACACAGGCUUCCCGACCAGUGGAUCCAGUACUGAUCAUCGGAGAAUGUCCUUCGAUUCACGAUCAAGACGUUAGUUUGGACAUUCUUUGAAGUAGACGUUGAAAAAAGUGUAGAACAAAAUUUGGAAAAAAAAAUUGAAUAUAACCGAAUACUCGAGGAUGUUCAAAAGCACAUGAAUCGUCUAUGAAUAAGUGAAUUCAAACAUAUAUCCUUUAUGAUGACAUUCAAGAUGUAGUUGAACAAGGAUAGCGCCAGAAAUAAGCCUGAUUAGAACAGAUUAUGGAAAUUUUCAAAGGACAAAUCUCUAAUUUAGCCUGGAAAAGUAGAAGUGUACUAUUUUAUCAUUAAAGUCUUAGAGAAAUUUUCCCAACGUUUUUUUUUAAAUUUCGAAUAAAACACUCAUUACUAUGACAAUAUGAAUAGAAAAAAUUUGGAACUUCUUGAAGUUAUUUUUUAUUAACUUCCAUUUUUUUUUCCAGAUGAUAAGCCUUCUCCGAAAGUGAAAGAGCCAAUGUCGGCGGCAAGAUCAAAGCAGCCUCAGCCAUCGCCAAUCGGAGGCCCAGGAACCAGUCACGUGGCGCGGAACACAGAAAGGAAAAAGAGUUAGUCGGAUAGACUCGAAUCAUCAUUGGGAUUUCGGGGAUAAAUUAACAUGUUACUAUAGAAACCUCUUCUUGUCGUACUUUUUGUUUUCGAAUCAUUCCUGUGAGCAUUUAAUGAGGCUUUACUCAUGUCUUUCCUAUUAUAUUACUUUCAUGCGUAAUGUUAUGCGAUUUCAAAGUUUCUCAACUGCCUUAGUACUUUUUCAAAAAGUUUUCAUUCAUCUUGUCAGUAGGAAGUUUGAAAUUAAGCCUAAAAAUGAGUCUCACAAAAAUCUUCCUACUGCCGUGUUCAAAGUGAUUACGCGAAAUUCAAGGAGAAGAACAAAAAGAUCUAUUUUUGAGCUCGCAUCGAAGGCGUAGGUAAAAAGACAGCCGGAAAUAUAGUCACAAAAAUAUUGUUUUUGUGGGGAGUUAUCUUGGCCUACUAGUGCUGUUUCGCAGCUUGACUUGAAGAGAAAUUGAAUUAUUCAAUUAAUCUCAGCAGUAGAAAAUAUUCCCAUUCAUUUUUUUUUAUUUCUAGGCGAAAGUGGUUCUGGAACUGCUCAGCGCAAGUCUUACACUUCGGUGACGUCACGACUCGAGAAGUUGAUCAACACGCCGAUCGCAACGUCUUCUCGUCCAGCUCCACCAGCAGCUACCAUCGAAAAGUCCGAUUUAUUCCGUAAACUCCACAGAAUAACUGUGUUGAGCUUCCAGAAGACCUGCGAUGCUUUCUGGAACUCCGCGGACGUCGUCUUCUCGGCCAUCGACUGAUUCUUCGUACACGCCGACGACGGCUCCGCCUAGGGUUAUUAUUUGCAAAAAAAAACAUCGAUAAAUUUUAGCUAUUAGGCUUCUAGCUGUUGCAAAUAUAGCAGGUAGUUAGAAAGCUAAGUUAUCAAAAAGAACUCCUCUACGUUUUUUUCAAGUAAAAAAAUUAUUCCCGCUGAUGAACUUUUUCUCUGAAAAAACACCGCGAAAUCGGAGCUGCUUCUCUAUGGAAUUGAACAUCAUACAAUUUUUGAAAAAGAAUUUUUUUGAAAAAUGUUCAGAAAAAAAUUACAACCUGAAAGAGAGCUUUGAACAAAGUUUCCUUGUUGAUUUUUUAGUUAAUUAAAACGAAGGUUUUUUUUCUUGGGAUAGUGAGUUAAAAGUUAUUAACCAUGUGAAAGAAAAGAAAAAAUAGUAUGGAUGAUGGAAAAACAAAGCAAGAAUUUUACCAACUGUACUCUUUUUUUUUUUACGAAUUUCGUCUCUGACUGAACAAGAUCAAAGGGUUCUCCACACGUCUAAAUUUCUCAUUAUGUUGCUUGAUGCAGACGUCGUCUUGGAUGCCUUCGAGCGACGCCCAUCUCCAUCUGAACACGAGCGACGCCGCCGACGACUCGCCGAUCGACGUCGUCAACGACUCUCCGGCGCAUCUGCAACACAAUCCGACACGUCCUCUGCCGUCGCCGCGGAAUUCGGCUGCCGCAGUUCUUUCUCCUCUUGCCACCAACAGCUCCAACAAGGGUUUCUCUCACGAUCAUCGUGAGUAGCAGAAUUGAAAGGCUCUGAUGGUUGACAUCUGACUUUCAGACUCAGCGCGGGAUCAUUAUGCUAGUCGUUCUUCCAUUUCGGGUUCUCUAGACAGUUUGGUUAGUUUUUGGCUGGUUUCUCGAUUCCAAUCGAACGUUUUCAGCCUCCAUCUGUGAAUGGCGAUCAUCCGAAGUUGGCUCCAAGCGGAAGGUACCUCUUUAUUUCGAUAGACUUGUUAGAAAAGUAAAAGAAAAUUACUUCACUAGUUUGAAGAGCUGUAGAAAUGUUGUCGAAAAUCAAUAUUAUCUUCGAAAAUUCUUUUUUGUCUAGUUUUUUUUUCCUGAUUUUACGGAAUUUAUAGAAUUGUCUCUGGAAAAAGUUAGACACCUCAACAACUUUGUUCAUAUUUAUUCUCACUAAAAUCUUAAAUUAUCCGUUUUUCAGGCCUUUCAUCCCAUCUCGAAACGCCAUCGACCGUCUGAACUCUCUGUUCACACGUUUGAACGAGCUUCACCAAAGAAAUGCAUAAAAUAAUUUUAUACUGAUCUUUUCCCGUUAGAAACUCUUCUAACUCACUAGGUCAUAAUCUCUUGUUUCUCUGUUACUUUUCACUUCUCUUUUUUGUCCGUUGUUGAUCCUCUGAUCUCCGGCAUUUUUAUGCUUUUGAUAUUCUGUAUCUUUCUACUUUUAGUUGUAUCGAAAUAGUUUAUGUUUUAAGUUGUUCCUUUUAAUAAGUUUAAGCCAAAUUGUUGCAUCGAGGAGCCAUCAAUGAUCUUAACCCUUUUUAUACCUCUGGCUUCGCACAAGUUUUUAAAUUGAGUUUUAUGUUUUUACAAAACGAAAUAAAUAUUUGUUUUUUAGUGUAUUUUCCAGUGAUUAAGUCCCGUUUGUAUUUCGGGUUCGAUUAAUUAUGUAAAUCUGAUUAUAAACAUUUUUUUGUCUGUUCUUCUUUGAAAAUACCGAGAAGAGAUUUUGAACGGAUCAUGAAACUUUGAUUGAGUUGAGGAGAAGUUCCUUUUUAUUCCGAAUAAAAUAGUGCCCUGAAUGAAUAAGAAAAAAUGAGGCAUAUCAUUAAAAACCUCAAGAAAAAGAAAGUUGCCCUGACAACCAAAAUUUUCCUCCAGAUCAUCCAAAAGUAUACCUUAUUCAUGCUGUGAUUAAAUUUUUUUCCUAUGUAACUUCCUGAUCUUUUUCCUUUUCGAAAAUUUUUGGUUUUUAUAAGGUAGACUUUGACGAUGGGCUUUGUAGUCUUUGAAUUCUACAAAUUCGAUUCAAUAUUCGAAAAAAAUAAAUUAAAUUUUUAAAGUGAACUUUAUUGUUGUUCAAAGUGAUGCCUCAAAAUGCAAAAGUAUCUCUGACCCUCCAAAAUUUAGUUAUCUUUUUCAUUCGUCGAUGGCUAUUUUGAAUUCAGCGGAAGGAUUUGAAUAUUGCAUUAGCUGUUCGAAUAAAUCUUUUUGAACUCUUAAAAAAUGUAAAGGACGGAUUAAGAUUCUAUUCUGAAGAUUGGAUGAGCCAAGACGAAAAGGCAUCAGAAAUCGAGCGGAAAAUAACUACGGAGAAACGAGUUCUGAACAGUUUGGAAAAGUCCAAAGUAUAUUUUUGUCUUUUUUUUGGGUUUACGGAAUAGUUAAGGAGCCGAGCGUCUACCGAGCCUCGCAGCCGGGAAGCAGGAUCUUCUUCCUCGAGUCGAAGAAUUCGACUGUUCUCGCCGUCAAAAGUGACUUUCCUUAGGAUUCAUUGAUUAAUGUUAUGUUUCAAGAGAACAUCCGGCAGUUGGAGAACGAGAAGAAAGACCUGCUCAAGGCCUAAAAAUGACGACUGUUGAGAAAAGGUGAAUUUUCGGGGGUUUUUAGGGGUUGCAAUGAAGAUCUCUUCCGUUUGUUCUUCUUUUUCAGUUCAUAUUAAGAGCUAUCAAGUUAUUUUCUGUUAUUUCCGAAAAUAUUUUAAUUUUUGCUCUUUCACAGCUUACUUCUGAUUGAAAAUAUCCCAAAGUCGUCUGAAUCUCUCCAUUGUGCACACUAUUUCGCUAGUUUCAUUUAGAGUUUGGUUAGACAUGUUCUCAAGUAAUUAUUUCAAAAGAAAAAAAUGGAAUUGAGAGAAAGUGAGUUAUUCUGAGAGAAAUGUGGCAAAUUGGGUUCCGUGCCUUGAUAUUUUAGAAAUGAGUCCUUUAAAAAUCCAUCUAGACUCACGCGCAGUUUUUCACGUUUUGAAAACGCUCUUCUUCUCCAUUUCGAUAGUAGAUUUCAAACUUUGAGGUGUCACUUAAAGGGCUCGAAUACUGUAUUUUUUUUUGUAUUUCCGCAUUGUCGAUAAAUAAACUGUACUAAUCGAUGUGCAGACCAUGCGCGGCAGUUGUCGUGCUCGGAGACGUCGGCAGAAGCCCGCGGAUGUGCAACCACGCGAUUUCCCUCGCCGAGAAACAUUACCACGUCCAGCUCGUCGGCUACACGGACACGACUCCGCAUGAGCACGUCUCCAAGAAUCCAAACAUAUCGUCCGUUUUCAUAUUUUCUUUCGAAUGAAAUAGCUAUUUUAACGCGAAUAUUUCUCUUUUUAAUUUACAAACUUCUUUAGAAAUAAUUAUUUCUAUUAAAGGUCUUUAAGAGCAAAGGGAUCUUAGAAGCUUAACGUUAUUCUAAGGAUUUAAUCUUUUUUUGGACGCGUCUUAUCAACUUUGAAACAAUUUUGCCAGUAAUGAUUUCACAUCCACUGGCCACGACUUGAAAAGUCUGACAUGUCUGCGCCCUCUUCUCUCUUGAGUUUGAGGUCAUAGAGACCCGGAAACAGCGCGGACGACCGAGAGUGUCGAGAAAAGAGAACGUUUUAGGCUGUAGCGAUUGAGGAAUAUAGUUUGCAAAUCUUUAUUCGUGAAAAAGUAGUUGAAAAUUUUACCUGUGAAAAUUUGAUUUUUUUUUUUUUCAGAAUAAUUUCACUCCCUCCACCGCCGGACUUUCUGUCCAAUUUUUCCGAAGUCAUUCAGCUGCCACUCAAAUUCAUUUGGGCGUUCUUCACACUGUUCUUUACUCUUCUUUUUCGGUACUUACAGCUUGAACUUUGAACUUGAAUAGGUUUUUAAGUACUGAUUUAUUCAAUCUUCGACUCGUCCUCCUGCAAAAUCCGCCAGCUUUGCCCACAAUGAUAACCUGUUUCGUGGUGUGUUCCUUUCCUCUCUUCAAAUCGAAGAUUCAAAUUUGAGGUCUCUCGGAUAAAGCGAGCAAAGUUUGUCAUCGAUUGGCACAAUUACAUGUAUUCGAUUCUCAAGGACAAAUAUCGUGAGUCUCAAUUCCUUUUCGAUGGCAAUUUCCGUGAAGAAUUGAGCGAAGCUGAGAUUUUCGACCGGAGUCCCAUCGCCUUCUACAAUGCUCAUCAGACUGAGCAAGAGGAUAGCGAUGAACGUAAAUCUGCCAUCAAAAGAGGGUAUAUCAGAAAAAUAGUUCAUUCACAACAGCUUCUUGACAUGAUAAAAAGAGUAUAACUGAGCGGCGAAGAAAGUUUUUUGGGAAAAAUUCCUUUAAAAUUUGUCGAUCGAAUUUUUAAUUUUGUAGGUAUGCAUUUGCGAAGUUUUUCAAAUUCAAUUUCGCUAGAUAGGGGACGUUUUUCAUACUCCGGUUGAACAUUUAAUGUAAUUUUGAUGAAAAGUUCUCGAGGACCUCCUGAUUUCCAAAAAUUUUUUAACAAUUUUUCAUUCAUAUAACCUAAAAGUUCACCCAAAAGAAGGUCAGUUUUAGUUGAUUCAAAGAGCUCUUAAGAAUAUUUACAAGGUGGCUCAAAAUUACCCGCACAAAAGUUUGACGCCACACAGCAAGGCGAAAACGCAAUUCUGGUGCUCGUAA